CACAAUGAGCUAAGCUAAGGAUGUAGAACUAGGCAGCAAUAAUAUAUUGUGUAGGUCUUUGUUUCAUUGUGUCCUAAACUUGUAGUCAUUUUAAUAAUUCUAGUCUCUUUAAAUAUUUACAAUUUAAACAGAAAAGUAAAAAGAAUGUUGAAGUCUUUAGGAUUAUGUUUGAGCAUUUCACUUUUUCAGGGAGUUUAUUGUUCGUCGUGUAAUACUUUCAAAGUCACCUGCUCAACAAAAGAAUUUUCUGAACUUCAAAUAGACAAAAUAUUAAUUUUGUCUUUGCGCUACAGAGAUAACCAUAUGAUUGCCAGUCUUUCUAUAAACAGCCAAAAAACAUACACUAAUGUGUCCUCACGGUUCAACCAUAUUAAAUUUGACAUAGGAGCAAAGAAUGAUAGUUCAUAUGCGAUACAUUUAAGGCUUAAAGAUGUGGAACAGAUAGCAAAUGACUCGUUUGAAUGUGUUGCAUAUGUCAUUAAAGGAGGUAGAUUGGAACAAGAGAAACAACAAGUUUAUAUUGAAAGUGAUGAUGUCUGUCGUGACGUUUCCACUGUGAAGUUUAACCAUACCUCAAACAGAUUUAUUAUAAUGAUUUAUGCUGUGUCGGCGGCUGGAGUUGUUUCAUCUAUUGUUUGCAUCGGCAUUAUCUGCGGGACUAGGUGUGCAGGCACAUCCUCGACAGUCGUAUGUUUUCAUUCAAAUACCGAAGAUGGCAAUGUCAAUCGUGUCUAUGAUGAGAUUAAUGACGACGACGUAGCUGGACCUCCUUCAAGAACUAAUGGCUCAGAGCAAGAUAGUUCAUCAUCAAUCCCAAGAAAAGGAACUAGUGAGACUAACAAAUUAACUAGUCCUCCUCAUACCCCUCCUGCACAGCCGCCCAGAAAAGGAAAGAAAAUUCAGGAGAGCUCAGUAUAAAUCUAAAUGUCGAAGAGUGAAGAGUGCAUGCAUCAAGAAGAAGUAAAAAGUCUAAGUUUCAAACGGCUACUCCAUGCAAGACUUCAGUUUGAGGAACAUAACAGCGCAGGAGGAUCUGUCUACAUUUACAUCAUCAUCAUGAUAUAGGCAUAAAUUAUGCUAAGAAUAGUCUACAUCUGAUCUAGCUAAACUCUAUUUCUGACAUACUUAAAACUUCUUCAACAAAUUCGAUUAUUUUAUUCUCCACUAAGAACAUAUUUUACAUAUUUUAUCAUAAGAUAAAUAUAAGUGACAGAUUCAUUUUUAAAAAGUAUUUUUGUUACAUAAUUAAUAUAGCAUCUUUCAUCUCAUCUCAUUUCUGCCUGUGGUCCUUUGUGGGGCAUAGGCCACCAACCAGCUUCCUUCAGGCAUCUCUGUUAUGUGCGUAUCUCUCCAACUGUCCCCACGUCUUACCUGUCUGCUUAGCAUCUGCUUCUAAAUCACGGCGCAAUGUAUUCUUGGGCCGUCCCCUCUUCCUCUUUCCUUGGGGGUUCCAGGUUAGGGCUUGCCUUGUUAUGUUGGAUGCAGGCUUUCAAAGUGUGACCUAUUUAUCUUCAGCGUCUCUGAAGGAUAUCUACUUCAUUGGGCUGCUGCUUUGUUUUUUCGCCACAGUUUCGCAUUGGAGAUCUUGUCUGACCAGCGAAUCAUAAGGAUUUUCCUCAGGCAGUUAUUAAUGAAUACCUCUUCCAGUACAUCACCUUGGAUUGUAAUGGGUGUAUUGUUGCAUGCCUUUAUUUUGAACAAUGUUCUUCUCUGUUGAUAGGUCUGGAGAUAUGGUCUAUUUGGUUCUCUGUUGAUAGGUCUGGUGAUAUGGUCUAUUUGGUUCUCUGUUGAUAGGUCUGGUGAUAUGGUCUAUUUGGUUCUCUGUUGAUAUGUCUGGUGAUAUGGUCUAUUUGGUUCUCUGUUGAUAGGUCUGGUGAUAUGGUCUAUUUGGUUCUCUGUUGAUAGGUCUGGUGAUAUGGUCUAUUUGGUUCUCUGUUGAAGGUCUGGUGAUAUGUUCUAUUUGGUCCUCUGUAGAUAGGUCUGGUGAUAUCCAUGUUGCUUUGUGUAUUCGUUUGUGUGGGAAGACAGUUCCUCCAAUCACUAAGUUGCUUGUGGCAUACAUGUCUGAAAAUCUCUCUCCAAUUUUCUUUCAUCUCACCUAAUCCAUGUUUUCCCAUGAUCUACUUAUAUCCUCUGUUGUUAUUGCCAACCUUAGCAUUGAGAUCGCCUAUUAUGAUGAGGAUGUUCCUCUGUGGUCUGUCACAUAGGAUGGUAGUCCACCUUCUUCUUCUUUCUUCCCAGUCUCAUACACGGUCCGGACACUCCAUUUACCGCUGGUGGUGGUGGUCCUGGUAGACAUGAUGGUCUUCGGCCUGUCAGCUUCCAGAUAACUCUGUCUUUCAUAGUCAUAAACUUUCCAGCUGGAGAUCCAUCCUCUCCCAGGUCCGUGACUUCUGUUGAUUUGCUGUUUGGUGUUUCUGUAGCUAGUGUUUUUUUCUACAGGGUAGGGUAGCUAGCCCUACGCCUAACCCUGCUUAACCCUAACGGGCUCCAACCGUCCUAAGGUGGAGCUAUAGUCGUGAACAAUUAUUAUUGGAUGAAUGCCCUAAGUAUUCAAAGUUUAAAAUCAUGACACCAAAAAACGAAAUAGUGUGUUUCAUUUUGUUAUGAUAUUUUUAGAGUGCCAGUUGAUAUGAUAUGUUUCUUGAUUUUACGAACACUGAAUAGGAAUAAUAGGAAUAUCGUGAUGCAGAAUAUACUAAUGUAAGUUAUAAACUAAAAACGUAGAUUCCUUAGCAAUGAAAAAUAUAAAUAAAUAAUCACUUUAAUAAUAUACACACUUUUUGAAUGUAAAAUUACAAUUUAAUUAAACAUACCUACUACCGUCGUUCAAGAUCCCAAACUAUCGUUGCGUCUCUUUAAUUACUUUUACCAUCUUUUUCCUUUUGCCUAUUUGAGAUCAACCAUCUUCUCUCGCACACUUGGAUUUAUGUCUCACCCACUCCGUUUAUGCCACGACCAUGUGAUGCAAACAUUCAACCAUUGAAAUACAAAUAAUGUGUCAUUACACGCUUCCGCUCGGUGUGACUUUGAAACUGUUUAAGUCUCGAAUAGUUUCAAAGAUUGCUAAGUAACAUUAUGUAAAAGUGUACAAUUCCGACGAUCUUAUUUUUCAAACAUACUGUUUUGUAGAAAAUAUUAUUUCGCAUAUUUCAUUGUUUCACAAGUCCUAAUGUAGAUGUAGUUAUUGAAUGAUGUCGUCUAUAAGUAAAUAACUUUUUGACGUAUCUCGUGGACUAGAUAAAGCAAGUAUUGAUACGCUUUGUUUGAAAUUGUCUUUGCUUCGUUUUGUAGCUGCAGCACUGAAGUUUUGUUUAGCGUCCUUGACCUAGUUUAGUUGGUCGUUAUUAUCAGCAUCUAUAUAAACAAAAUAUAUACAUACAAAAUGUCACAAUCCAUCGAACAAAUAUUAAUCUUUUUUACUGUAAUUUUUUAAUAGAUAUUUCAACUAUGAAAUGGAUUUGUCGACUUUGAUCUUUCUUAGCUAAUCUUUUGAACAGAAUCAUUGAUCCAAAAACAAUCUGCUAAUCUUUAGGCCUUCUAGAAAUUAAAUAAUAUUUAGCAAUAUGUAUGAACGACUUAAAAGAAACAAAGACUGCUUAAUAGAUAUUUACUGAGUAUUGUAUUAUGAUCACAUUACUUUUUUUGAUUAAAUACAAUAAUGAUGUAGCAUAUUAUAAAGCUCUAUUUAACGUAAUUUCUAGAUUAGCAUAUGGACAAACGUAGUGUGUAUUCACUAGUCAUUAGAAGAUAAUAAGAUACUAAUGUCACUCUCCUAUUUGAAAAAAGUAGAAAAAUUUGAUCCUGGAAAACUACAGAUUAAUAUCAAUCACCAGCAUCACAUUUAAUAUACUAUAACACAUAAUAUGUAGCAACAUCAUAAGUCACUUAUAUAAGCAUAAUGUCCUUACUCCAUACCAAUGUGGUUUUAAAAAAUAUGGGUCAUGUAAAACUGAACUGUUACCACUAAUUAAUUUUUUUAAAGGGAUUAUACAAUGGUGAACAAAUAGAUGCCAUUUUUUUUUUAGAUUUUUCUAUGCCAAUAUCUCUAACAUCAAACUUUGGCAAAAUGGCAGAAAAAUGAUCAAUAAUCGACUUUGUUGGUGGCUUGAAAGUACAACCUCACUUCACAAUGCACCAGCUCACUUCACAAUGCACCAGCUGGCUUCAGGAAAGAAAGUUCGCCUCCUUCAGUCGUAGAGGUUCGUCUCGAACACUUUUUGACGUGACUGUGGAGCCCAAUUUCGGAGAGGCAUUCCGUCCACAGAUAUCGCAGGAUGAGUGGGCUUUCGCUUUGGUGGUAGAGGAGUCAGCCAUUGGUUCGUAUCGCACACUUUUCUUCCAGAGCUUUCUUAGUCACCGUCUCUCUCCAUCUAGUGCGGCUCUGUCGUCCGUAUGGUCAGUAACAAUGUUCACUGUUUUGUUACAUCUAUGUAACAGAGGUGGGGGCGACCUGUUUUUCUUCAGCCAGACGCUUAUUCAAAGUCCUAACCCAAAAACUGGAUAGGCCACUACGGCUUCGCCUUUGGCGUCGUCCAAACACAGAAGGUUGCAGUUUUAAGCUCAAAUGCUCUAAUGCUCAACUGACCUUGAGCAGAGUGCCCGGAGUUUAUUUAUUUGAAAGUCGCCCCUAGUGUUUGUUUACAUUGUUUAGACUGUACUGACCAUAUUUCGUGUCGUGAUCUUAACUAUGUGUGUAGUUGUUUUGUCAUUCUGUGUACUAAAGCUUUAGAUGUAACAUGUUUUUUUGUUAUGUUAAUGUAGACAAAGCUCAAAUGCUCAAUUGACCUUGAGCAGAGUGACAGGAGCCACUUUUGUCUGUGGGAGGGAUCAUAGGAUCUCAAAUGGACAGCUUUAAGCAGGGUAACCCCAGUCAAAAGGUGCUGUCCUGUCAUGGCUGUCUUUCUUGUUUGGGUUAACAACGAUAGGACACAAUCAGAAACGCAGGCACAAAGCCAAUGUACCAGUCGACUUGAAGAAAAAUAAAAGGAGUUUAACUCUUAAACUGGGCACAUGGAAUGUGCGUACUUUACAAACUGGUAUACAUGAAAACUUAUCGACAUAAGAGAUGCCAGACAAUCCGCAUCAAUAAAUGAUGAACUGUCCAGGCUAAAAGUAGACAUAGCUGCCCUAUAAGAAACUCGUUUAGUUGACACUUGGUUUAAUCAUAGAGAAAGACUAAAUCUUUUUUCUGGCAAGGCAAAACAGAAAGUGAAGUAAGGGAACAUGGCGUUGGUUUCGUAGUUAAGAAGACACUGCUGAACACAGUAGAACUGAAGUGCAAAGACUCAGAAAGACUCCUAUCACUACGCCUUAUUAUAUCUAUUGGACACGUGACUUUGAUAAGUGUCUAUGCUCCUACUUUGAGUUCUACACCAGAGGCUAAAGACAUGUUCUAUGACUACCUUUCGUCUGCUCUCAGAGCUGAUACUGAACAUUUACCAACCUCGGCGACCGCAUUGCACGCGUUUGAUCCGACAACUCUGCGUGGCAGAGCUAUACUGUGUCGUGUGCGCGUGAAUUUUUCUUUUCGUGUUCAAUAGCUGUGUUUUUUUUUUAUAGGAAAUAGUUUGUAUUGGGCGUGUUUUUGGUGUCAAGAAUAUUGUGUGUGCGUUUACGUCACGCUUAGUUCCCGUAUUGCCUUUGUAGCGGAGAGAGCUUUUUAGCUGUAGAAUCUGGUUACGCUACAGUGUCACUGUUUCCCCGUUUUAACGGUACGUAAGUAUAUACAUGUAGUAAGUAGGUUGAUCUUGCGGUACGGGUGUCGCUAAUGAAAAACUUUGCGAUGUAGCGGCAUCCCUAGAUCUAGGUUUUCUUUAGUUUCAGGGUGUUAGGCUUGGGGCUAUGGUGAAAAGUGUAGUCUUGAGUUCGCCCUUGGAGCCGUGACAGUUUCAAGAGUUGUAUCAUAGUAUUAGAAGCUGCUGAUCAGUAGGGUCGAACUGGAGUGUGCGCGUAUGAGGUGUGUUAUUUGUAUAAUUGCCAAUGCAAUAUUUAGAUAUCCAUGAUUCAUUGAUGGCAUAUGCUCAAAAUAUAUUGUUUAUUGGUAAUUAGCUUAUUUUUAAAUAUUGUUCUUGUUGCACAAUUUUGAUCAGUUAUUCACUGUUCAGUUUUUAAUGACCAUUUUUUCAUGUUUAGUUAUCACGCAACUUGGUAUGCUUUUGCUCGUUGGUUAUUGCACUAGUCUGUUGAGGUAGGGAACCCGAUUUAAUGAGUAAACUCCUAGAUAAACUUGUAAAACCCGCCUUGACAUUUUGGACGUUUUGGUGUUGGAAAAAAAUGAAAAUGGACAAAAGCUCCUCGAGGUCUGCUCACUACACUCCCUCUGUGUCACUACACUCCCUCUGUGUCACUAAUACCUGUUUCAAGACCAAACCACAGCGUAUCAUGGCGACAUCCUCGCUCCAAUCAUUGACACCAACUAGAUCUAAUCUUGGUAAUAUCACAGCUUAGAGCAAAAAGCUGGCUAGAAGAAGAAUAAGGCUUUUCUAAGGCAUUUGAAAAUGUUCACCACCAUAGCUUGCUUAAAAAAAACUAAACUACUUUGACUUUAAUUGUUCAUUACAACAAUGAAUUCAGGAUUUUGUAUUAGGAAGACAGCAAACUGUAAUAAUAAAAUAAAUAUCUUUAAUAUGACACCAGUAAUGAUGAACUCAGUUGUACUUUAAGAAACAGUUUUAGGCCCACUACUGAUUCUAAUUUACAUAAAUAACCUACCAAUUGGUACUAGUUCAGUAAAAAAAGUCAGAUUAUUUGCAGACGAUUGCAUAAUAUAUAGAACGAUAAAAACAAACACAAGAUACUGAAAGUUUACAAUAAAGAAUAGGAACAUGUCUUUCCACCCAGAAAAACGUCAGUUUUUAAUAGUAAAAAAAACAACAACAACCUAGAACAAAUAAAAACUAUUUUAUUCAUGGUUCACCAGUUACACUGACUAGUCCCCCUUUUAGGCCUUGCCAUCUAUAGGGCAGAUGAUGUAAAAAUCUUGUUUCUGUGGCCCACGGUUAACGUUAUCAUGUAGCCAGCACAACGACCAACUGUCUUUAAUUUUCCCCAACUAAUGCCAUUAACCCAUCAGAGCUGGAUGAACUCAGAGGCACCCAAAGAUCUAGAAGUUAAAAUCCAGGUCUUCACCAGGAUUCGAACCCGGGACCUCGGUUUAUCGCUCAGCCACCGCGCCUCCAAUUACAUAAAUAUCUAAAUAUCUCUAGGUGUAAUAGCAAAUAAAAAUAAACAUGAAAUCCCCAUAUUGAUGAAAUAAUUAAAAAUCGAACAAAAUAUUUUGGUUUAUUAAAAGAAAUUUUAAAAAUCAAAUUGGAAAAAAAUUAACUUAAUUAACCUUAAUUAGGCCAACAUUUAAAUAUGCAUCUUUUAUCUGGGAGUCACUUAGGUCAAGGAAACAAAGAAACUGGAACAAAUGGAAAGUAGAGCAAAGAGAUUUCUAACAGACGAUUUCCCAAUUUGAUUCGAGUAGCAUCAUUAGUUCAAUCAUGGUUAAAUCCCUAAACUUAGAGACACUUCAGGACACAAGAAUCUAAAGUAAAGCAGCAAUAGUACAUAGACACUAAAGAAUGAUUUAGAAAAAGAUAAACAAAACUUAAUACAAUACUCAGACACAAAGAUUGAGGCUCAUUUCUUAUUCUAUAUUCUAGGACAGAAUGUCUGCCUGGUCUAGCGGUAUGCACUUGACUGUCGUUCGGACAACUAGAUGGUCCCGGGUUCAUACCCUGCCUGCUCCCAUCCUCUGUUGUCUAGCGAAAGUUUCGAACUAGGAAGUAAAUUGUCUUCAACUCUGAAACAUCCGAAACAUGUCAAACAUUUGACAAACAAAUCGUACAAAUGCACUAUUUUUCAUAUUUUCAUUAGAUAAUGGAAUAGGUUGAUUGAGUCAGAAUGGAAAAACAAAUACUUAGCAGACUUAAGUCCAAGAUUAACACAUUAGAUUGUCACAUGAAAUGCGUAGGACGUAAUUAUUAUUAUUGUUUUGAAGUAACGUCUGCAACUUAUAAGAUAAGAAAAAUAGUUCAUUUCAUUUUCGAACCACAAAAACUAGAGACACAAUACAUAAAUGAUUCAGACAGCGUUAUCUUUUUCAUGUUUUCUGUGUCAUCAAAUGUUCUCUUCCAGUGUUACGGAUGAAAAAUUCAUACUAAAGCGUUUAUAUAAAGUUUCUCAAUCUGCAAGCAUAUGGUGAUAUUGGUGUUUAGUACUACAUUUUUCAUUUCAAAUUUUAUUAUUUUGAAGAAUGCAGAUAAAAUUGUAUCUUGAAGAAAAAGUGAGCAAAAGAUAAAUUCAAGACAUGUUAAAAUUGUACUGUUACAUAAUAAAGUUAAACUUAUAUUUUAUGAUAAAAUCUCAAUACAGAGACCAAUAAACCCAUUUACAGUGCUGUUCUGGGUGCCUAUUCUAGUUUUUGGGUUGCAGAAAGGACAGCUUUUCAGUUUUACCAAAUAAAAAUAACAAUUAAAAAAACGUAUAACUGUAAAACAGUAAAAAUAUUUUUUAAAAUACUUUUCUAAAAAAGAUAAUACCUCCUUUAUAUAAGUUAUAGAACAAUUAUUAAGCUCUUAAUUACUUGGGAAUAUUAUAUAAUACAAAUGAACAUUUUUGCUUCACCCCACGCUCAAUCCCCGCUAGAAAAAGCCAGUAAAGCUAAUGUAUAUUUAUACUAUUCUAAUGAUAGGCCUUGAACUCUAGACUUACAAAACAAUGCGUGAAAUGUUUCUGUACAUAUGAAAAUACACCAAAACGUUGGCCUCUACUUUUAAGAUCAAUAUUUUCUAUAGUCAAUUUGACUUGUAGAUCUUUUUAUACUUAAACAAAGUUAUGUCAAACUAUAUAGAGUUUUCCAAGUGUGGCCAACAAACUAGCAGUUCUUUUUAUACAGCAACUGUCAAAUUUCUUGGAAAAUCGUUAGAGCCGUUUUCGAGAUCCAUGCCCAGGCUUAAGAGCCUACCCAAAUGGCUGCAGGUUCCAUUAAGGUAUCAGUUGAAUAGAUAUAAAAAACGAGUCAUCUUCUGGAACUAAUUCUAAAGCUUU